GUUCGGCCCCCACGGAAUCCCCGUGACCAUCUUUCCCAAGAGGGAGUACAAGGACAAGCCUGAGGCCACGCAGCUCCAGAGCAAACCAUUCCAGGCCGAGGCGCCGGCCCAGUGCGAGUCGGACGCCGCGGUCCCCGAUGACUCCUCCCUGUCACAGCCCUCGGAGCCCAGCAGAGCCAAAAGCCUUUGGACUUCUAAACCUCCUCCUCUCUUCCACGAGGGAGCACCCUACCCUCCCCCGUUGUUUAUCAGGGACACCUACAACCAGUCAAUACCUCAACCUCCCCCCCGGAAAAUCAAGCGGCCCAAGCGCAAGAUGUACAGGGAGGAGCCCACCUCCAUCAUGAACGCCAUCAAGCUACGGCCCCGGCAGGUCCUGUGCGACAAGUGCAAAAACAGCGUCGUCGCGGAGAAAAAGGAGAUCAAAAAGGGUGGCAGCGCCAGCGACUCUUCCAAAUACGAGGACGGUAAAAAGCGAAGAAACGAGAGCGUGACUACUGUGAAUAAAAAACUUAAGACUGACCACAAGGUGGAUGGGAAAAGCCAGCCUGAAAGCCAGAAAAGGAACGCUGUGGUCAAGGUGUCCAACAUUGCCCACGGCAGGAGCAGAGUGGUUAAGGUUUCGGCGCAGGCCAACACGUCGAAAGCGCAGCUAAACGCGAAAAAGGUUCUCCAGAGCAAAAACAUGGAUCAUGCGAAGGCUCGGGAAGUCUUGAAAAUGGCCAAAGAAAAGGCACAAAAGAAGCAGAGCGCAACCUCCUCUUCCAAAAAUGCACAUUCUAAGGUCCACUUCACGCGGCGCCUGCAGAACACCAGCUCAGGGUCCCUCCCGCCGCGAUUGCGCUUGAAGCCGCAGAGGUAUCGCAACGAGGAGAAUGACUCUUCUCUCAAGACGGGACUUGAGAAAAUUCGGAGUGGCAAGAUGGCAACUAAGCCCCAGUCUCGCUGCUCCUCCACCCGCUCAGCAGGUGAGGCCCCUUCAGAAAAUCAGAGCCCCUCAGAAGGCCCUGAAGAGCCCAGCAGUGAGGUUCAGGACACGAGUGAAGUGCAUGUCACUGUUGAUCAGGAUGAGCAGCAGACACUGGGCAAGAGAGGCAGCAAAAGCAAUAUAACGGUUUACAUGACCCUUAAUCAAAAGAAAUCUGACUCUUCCAGUGCGUCAGUCUGUAGUAGCGAUAGCACAGAUGAUUUGAAAUCCACCAACUCUGAGUGUAGCUCUACCGAAAGCUUUGAUUUUCCUCCAGGCAGCAUGCAUGCACCCUCCUCCUCCUCCUCCUCUUCGAAGGACGAGAAAAAGCUCAGUAAUUCCCUGAAAGCAGAAGUGUUUUCCAAAACGGUCUCUAAGUGCGUGACCCCCGAUGGCAGGACGGUGUGCGUAGGGGACAUCGUGUGGGCCAAGAUCUAUGGGUUCCCGUGGUGGCCGGCGCGGAUCCUGAGCAUCACGGUGAGCCGCAAGGAUAGUGGGCUGCUGGUGCGGCAGGAGGCUCGCAUCUCCUGGUUCGGCUCCACCACCACCUCCUUCCUUGCCCUGGCCCAGCUCUCCCCCUUCCUAGACAGCUUCCAGCUGCGCUUUAACAAGAAGAGGAAGGGUCUGUACCGCAAGGCCGUGACUGAGGCGGCCAAGGCUGCCAAGCAGCUCACNNNCGAGGUUCGGGCCCUGCUGACGCAGUUUGAAACGUGA